UUGACUCAUCUGUGUGUCACUGCUCUUCUCUGCCAGACUGAUAGACGCGCUGACUGAGAGAGAGACGCUCACAAAAAUCAGCAAAGAGUUGAAACUAAAGGAACAUAUUCCGGCUGACUUGGACUAGAGACAUGACCAAAGAGACUGAGACUCUGGGACUGGUCUUUCAGAGCGAGAACUUUAACUAUAACCGUUACAAUAACUACGUCAUGGACUCCUGGUCCUACCUGGACAGCCCUGUCCCUGAGCAGAACCACACCAAACCCAGACUCCACCCAGGAGACGACCUGACAGCCUUAACCAUGCUUUAUGAACAGUGCAAGAGCCAAAAAGAGCAGAAGAUAGCAAACUGCAACCGCGUUGGCAACAUCUGCAAAACAGAGAGGACUUCAACCAAUGAUCUUGCUUCACUGGAGGCUUCUGCCAAUGUCAUGAAAAUCCUCUCAGAGAGUGUUCCCUUAAGCCAUCCAUCCCAAGAAGUUUUGGGGUCCAAGCAGAACGUCUCCCUGCCCCUCUCUGUUCCCACCACUUCAGACACCUACGCCACUUUGACCAGCGUCGUUGCUGACACUUACGACAAGCAGGAGCUCAACAUCAUCUUUGACUCUCUGCUGCAGAAGUGGCCAGAGAGCGGGGCUUUCCCUGACCCAAGCGCUGAGACUCUCCCCUACAAUGAUCCCUUCCCUGACCAAGCCAGCCCGGUCUACUCAGGCUCCUACACUGGUUCCCCACCAGAGAGAUUCAGGAGUGAGUUCCAGUUUUCCCUGGGAGCUCCCCUGGCUUCUCCUUACAAGUCUAGUGAGCUGCCCAUGGUCUACCUGAACAAGGGCCAGUUCUACCCUAUCACUCUGCAGGGAGUGGACAGCAGCGCCAGCUUCACUGCCACUAAAGUCAAGACAGUUGUGAUGGCUGUGUUUGAGAAUGACAAGAGCCCAGAAAUGCAGCUCCGCUUUUGGAAUCACUGGCACGCACGUCAGCCAACCGCCAAGCAGAGGGUCAUUGACAUCGCCGACUACAAAGAGGUGUUCAGCGGCAUCAGCAACAUAGAGGAGGUGGCAUUCAACGCGCUCUCCUUUGUUUGGAACCCCAGCGAAGAGGCCAAGGUGUACAUUGGCAUCAACUCUCUGAGCACAGACUUCUCCGCUCAGAAGGGAGUGAAAGGCCUGCCACUGAAUCUGCAGAUCGACACUUACGACUUCAGCUCGGGAAACAACCAGCUCCUUCACAGAGCUGCUUGCCAGGUCAAGAUUUUCUGCGAUAAGGGUGCAGAGAGGAAGAUGCGAGAUGAGGAGAGGAAGAGAAGCAAAAGGAGGGGCAAGGCCGAUGCUAACACCAACAAGCCUUUAGUGAGCAGCUCCAUGGCUAGCGACUGCACCUUCUUCCAAACCCUGGAUGACCACGUCACACAGCCAGUUCUCUUCAUCCCAGAAACACACCUCUCCAACUUACAGCGCAUGGCCGCUCCCAUGGACGAGAUGGAAAGGAGUUCUAUGAAGAGAUUGUAUCCAGACAGAGACCCGAACAGCUCUCCAUCCAGCAAGCAAGCCCGCAGAGAAGACCCACAAAGAGUUCUGCUGUACGUGAGGACACCCGCCGAAGAGGUGUUCGAUGCGCUCAUGCUCAACACGCCAACAUUGUCAGGCCUACGGGAAGCUGUUUCAGAAAAGUACGGCAUGCAAAAAGACACCAUUGGGAAAAUCUACAAAAAAUGCAAAAGAGGGAUUUUCGUCAACAUGGACGACAACAUCAUCGAACACUACACCAACCAGUCGGCGUUCCUCAUCGAGAUGUCCGAGGUUGUCGGCGGUCAAUUCCAGAUCACCCUCACUGAAGUAUGAGAGCCGGCAUCGGAUCAGCCAACAUGUUCUUUUGAAGGAUCUAACAAAUCCCAGCUGCCAGUUUGAACCAUCUCUAAUAGCACUGCCCAGUCAAAGACAAUGUAAGCUGUGGACCAAUGAGAGAACUGGGCUGAAGAGACCAUUUUCAGUAGAAAACGUCAAACCGUUUCUCAAUGUUGUGAAUACCACUCACCCCAUGAUUUUGAAUUUAAUAUUGUAACGUAAAAGCAAUUAUCAUGAAAAGCUUUGUACAUAUAUUAUGUAAAUAGAAUUUAAUAUGACAGUGUUUUAUGAAUUAGCCAUGUGCAUAUUGCAAUCCAUUUUCCACAAACUGCUACGUAUUUCAAUUUUUAAAUCAGAGCUCUGUACAUGUGUACAGUCAGUGUGUUUUCAGCAUUUUCAGAGGUUGCUAGUCUCGCUGCUUUUUAAUGUAUCCAUCAUUUCUUCUACAAAAGCCAAUGGUGCGUUUCCUCACCCACAACCCUACUAAUGAUGUGUUCUUCACUGCCGCAAGUAUCUUCCUGUAGGUUCCUGUUAGUUUCACGACUAAAAUGGCCCCGACACUGGGUUUAAUUCAGAACCUAAAGUCAGACAUUUCCACCUGUAAAACCACACAAGAGUUAGUAUUGGCCAUCAUUUAGUCCAAAGUUGUGGACAUUUCCCACCUGUAUGGUGUAACCACAGUUUUCCUGGAAACACUUCAAACCCCAUCCCAAACCCUGACGCGUGCCAGAGGACUUUCAUAGUGUGCAUGUGUAUGUGUGUGUGUAAAAAGUUGCAGGAUUUUGUUUUUCCCCUUACGCAUCAUUUCAAAACAAGCAUGUAUCCUUGUAAUAUUUCAUUAUUAUACCACGGCAAAUCUAGUUGUUUUCGUCACAUCUUGCCUCUUUUGUACAAAAAUAAAGAAAAUGCAUAAUAA